AUGUAUCAUUUUUCUCAUAAAGUAAAUAAACGUCGUCGCGUUCGACAGAUCAAACGUCAAGCUGUUCGUCAACUAAUCGUUGGAGAAAAUUCUUCUGAUGACUGCUGCGUUGACAAUUAUAGUGAACAAUUUUCAGUAACAUAUGAUCAACAACAACAGAUAAAUGUAGAAAAGUGCUCUAUGAUAAUCAACAAUGAGCCUUUGCCGUUCUCAGCAUCUGCUAAUACUGCUGAUAAUAAUGUCGAUUGGACUAUUGAAGAUGAAUACGAAAAUGAUGCACGUCCAUUAUUUCAUGGUUCUCCUAUUAGUAUCACGGAUGCUAUCAAUCGAAUCACUAAUUUCUAUUUAAGCCUAAAUUAG